CCAGCCUGUCUGUCAGUCUGCAGGUCUACCCGCUCAAAGGGAUCGGAGCGGGAAGGGAUUAAUCACCUUGCCAAACAAGCUUUUUUUCAGCCAGCAGACCAAUUAUAUAACCGUGUUAUACAAUAAACACAUAUCCAGCGAAGCUUUAAACAUUGGCACAGGGGAGGAAGUUUCACUGAAUGCUGCAGAAAAGGAGGAUUUCUUCGCUCCUUGUGCGUCGUCAGAGGAGCGCGUUCUCGUUUGGUACCAUAGUCAGCAGGGCGCAGUCUUCUUUCUCCUCCUCCCCUUCCUUUCUCCUCCUCCUCUUCCUCCAGUUCCUGCACGACUGCGUGAAAUAAAAGUCCAGACAAGAGUCGAAACUGGCCAAAGACGCAUGCUUUGUCACGUCGCGCACCUUGGAAGGAAAGGUUCGAGGCUGGAGCUGUUCCGAUCCCGUUCAGCAUCCUGAAGUGAGGCUUUCAGGAGGAGAGUAUUCCGUCGUUAGAAAAUCUAAUUAAAGCAGAUAAAUAAAAUGGUUCUGCAGAGAGUCGUCCGUGCUGUCAUUAUGGGACCUCCUGGGUCUGGGAAAGGAACCGUGUCUGCGCGUGUCAUCAAAAGUUUUGGACUGAAGCACCUUUCUAGUGGGGACAUUCUGAGAGCCAACAUCAACGCAAAAACAGAGCUCGGCCUGCUGAUGAAGUCCUGCAUUGAUCAGGGUCAGCUGGUUCCCGAUGACGUCAUGUCUCGCCUCAUCCUCAAUGAGCUGAGAACGAUAGAGCGGAGCAGCUGGCUGCUGGACGGUUUCCCGCGUACCGUAUCGCAAGCAGAGGCUCUGGAUGACGCCUACACUGUGGACACAGUCAUCAACCUCAAUGUUCCCUUCCAGACCAUCAGGGAAAGGCUGACGUCUCGCUGGACUCACCUCCCGAGCGGCAGAGUCUACAACACAGACUUCAACCCGCCUAAAGUUGCAGGUUUGGAUGAUGAGACAGGAGAACCUCUGAUCCAGAGGGACGAUGACAAGCCAGAGACGGUCAUACGGAGACUGAAGUCGUACGAAACCCAGACAGAGCCCGUCUUAGAGUACUACAGGAGUAAAGGUGUGCUAGAGUCCUUCACGGGGACAGAAACAAACAAGAUAUGGCCACACGUCGAAGCUUUCCUCCACAGAAAACUCUCUUCAAUCAACUAGAGAGUGGCGUAAGAAGCCUGAACAGAAACAGGCCUGCAGUUUACCAGCAGAAAUCACCGUGUGCCACUUUUUGUGAAACAAAGGGAAGAGAAAUUUCAGUAAUAAUGUAUUUUAAAUGUUGAAAAUGAGGCUCAAGCUCACAUAGUUUAUGCCGUGUAAAACGGGCUGUUUGCACAAAACACCGCUUCCUUAAAUACAAAACACCUUAAAGCACGCUCCUUAAAGUGUCCUUAAAAUGUUCACCCAAGUGUUUAGGGUGUUCUCUGGAUCUAGGCCUAAUACUUAAGGAAUUAGUUUGUUUUUGGGGGAGGGG